CGCCUAAAUAGUCUCUUUUAACUUGUGGGAAAACUUAGUUGAACACUCAAACUAAACUGGACUAUUAGGUAUUUGUUAGAGGGAAGAUCUGCAUAAUUGCCACUUUUCUCUUUCGUUACUGAUUUCAAAAGCAGGAGCCGGCGUUCGGAGACACUUCAGCCCAUAGCCGAAGGGAAUGUUUGGAUUAAGUGGGCUUGUAAGUGAAGGAAUUCGUCCAUUUCGGGAUCUCAAAGGGGUUCGAUAGAUCUUGAAAGACCACUUGAUUUAUUACCUCUGAAAAAUGCCUAGGGUCAAGACAAAUCGUAUAAAAUACCCUGAAGGUUGGGAGCUGAUUGAGCCUACCCUACAUGAGCUGGAUGCUAAAAUGAGAGAAGCUGGCAAUGACCCUAAUGAUGGUAAAAGAAAGUGUGAAGCACUCUGGCCCAUAUUCAAGGUUGCACAUCAGAGGAGCAGAUAUGUUUUUGACCUUUACUAUGGAAGAAAUGAAAUAUCUAAAGAGCUGUACGAGUUCUGUUUGGAACAAGGUUAUGCAGAUCGCAACCUGAUUGCAAAGUGGAAGAAGCCUGGAUAUGAGCGUCUCUGCUGCUUGCACUGCAUACAGCCUCGGGAUCACAACUUUGCAACUACUUGUGCAUGUCGUGUUCCCAAGCACCUUAGGGAAGUUGCUGUAAUAGAGUGCGUACAUUGUGGAUGUCAAGGUUGUGCAAGUGGGGACUAAUUGUUUUCCUGAAACUGUAUGUCUAGGUCUGAUUUUUCUAUCUUGAAAGACUAUGGCUUUGUCGUCUUUCUGACUUUUCAAGGCAUUAGAAAUCUUUGUUUGUAGCAUUCUAGCUGAUAUACAUGACUUGCUUUAUUGGAAAUGUUAUCGUGUGUCUGGUAGAUUGAUUAUUUAUCGGACCAAGUGGAUGCAAGGCUGGUGAUUGGCAUGCACCAUAAGAAGCUUACAGCUACUUGCGUGGUCAGCAAAAGUUUGAGCUUAUGGCUGCUGAGUAGACUCUAAUCUAUGGCUUGCUUGAGCACCAUGAUUGGUACCUCAAUAUUUUCUAAAAUUGCUUCUGAUGAUCCAUCCUUAGAGAGGACUAAGGAGAUCUAUUCAAUCUUUGACCUUUGAAAGUGUUGUUUCUUUUCUGUUUUCGCCAAAAACAGACUGUGACCACUUGCCAACUAUAAUAGGCAAACCACCGUCAAUAACGUUUGGAUGUUACUGGUGAAUGGUGAUAAUGGGACUGCAAGUUUCUCUUUUAUCUUC